GCUCGCAUGGCGGAGUUUGAAGUCAUAAGGCCCUUGGGGCAAGGCCAAUACGGCAAAGUCUCGCUAGUCAGACACAAAGAGACAGGUGCUUUACUCUGUUGGAAGGCUAUUUGCUAUGCCGGCCUCAGGAGCCGCGAGAAGCAGCAGCUCGUAUCCGAAGUAAAUGUGAUGCGCUCCUUGGAUCAUCCGCAUAUUGUUCGGUACUAUGAACACGUCGUCCAGAGAAGGCAACAAGCUUUAUAUAUUUUAAUGGAGUUUUGCGAUGGCGGAGACCUUCAUAAACAAAUUGAGACGGCUCACAAACACCUCGGCGGCAUUCAAGAAGACAGAAUUUUGCAGGUUCUUCUGCAGUUGCUGUCCGCAUUGGCGUAUUGUCAUGAGGGCGUGGGACUCAACAGAGUGCGCAUUCUGCACAGAGACUUGAAACCAUGCAACAUCUUCCUGUGUAGUGAUCCCCGAGCUCCAGGUGACCCCUCACGUCUUCGGGUGAAGAUCGGCGAUUUCGGCUUGUCGCGACACCUCAGCCUGAACAGCAUGGCGCACUCAUGCGUAGGAACGCCGCAUUACUGGAGUCCUGAGCUGCUCAACGAGGGGCCGAAGACGUAUGACAGCAAGACAGAUCUUUGGAGUCUUGGGUGUCUACUGUACGAAAUGGCAACUGGCAAGACGCCGUUCGCUGCAGCCCAGCAAAUGCAGCAACUCCGCCAGCGCGUUGCUCUGGGCCCUAAACUCCCUAUUCCCGGGUUCUCGACGGCCUUCAACGGCUUGCUGGCAGCCUUACUGCAAGCCGAUCCAGCGCGACGGCCCUCAGCCUUGGAAUGCAUGGGCUUCUCCAUCUUCCACUCAAUACCCCCUACCGAAAGACCACCGAUUCCAGCGCACUGCGACAGCAGCACGCGCAGCAGCAGCUGCAGCAACGGCGGGAUCGUGCGCCAGCAGUCUCUUCUCAAGGAUGCAGCAGCGCCUCUUGGGACCAUCGCAGAAGAAGAAGAAAAUGAGGACCCCCAAACCAGCCACGACUCCAAAUUCCGCAGCAGCAGCAGCCAAGGGCAAGAGGACCUCAUUCAGGCCUUGCCUCUGCAGCAGCAGCAGCAGCAGCAGCAGCAGCAGCAAGAGCUGCAGCAGCAGCAGCAGCAGCAGCAGCCCCUCUGCAGCUCGUUUCUCCCCGCACUGGCUCGAGGUGCAGCAAGAGUUGCAGCAGCAGCAACACUUGGAGCAACAGCAGCUGCUGCUGCAGCAGCAGCAGCUCGAACUGCGUCAGCAGCACAGCGGCAGGAGGAGGAGCUGCAGCAGCAGCAGCAGCAGCAGCAGCAGGAGCUGCAGCAGCGUUUCCGCCAGCUCUGUGCUGGGUAUGCGUCUCGAAACCUGCCCUCUGCUGCCGCUCCUCCUCCCGGAUUUUACCCUUCUAGCGCAGCUGCUGCCACAGCGACAGCGACUGCGGGUGCUGCCGCGAUGUCAUGUCACCCAGCCAGCAGCAACCAACGGCUUCAGAGUCAGCAGCAACAAAGAGAGUAUCAGACGCUGCGAGAUCGGUCUCCUGUAGACUCUGCAAGCGGAAGGGCUGCAGGGGCUCGUAGCGGCGCAGUGCGUAACAGCAGCAACAACAGCAGCAAAUGUAGCGGUAGCGGUUGGGGUGUCUUGAAUUACCAGGGUUCUAACACAAGUCCACAGACUCCAGGAGCAGCUGCAGCAGGCAGCACUUUGUUUCCCCCCAUGCCACGGCUUGAGCGCAGAUGGAAUGAGGAGCUGCGCUCUGCCGCUAUUGCAGCAGCAGCAGCACCAGCAACACCACCUGCAGGAGCCAGCAGCAGCAGCACCCCUCGUGGAAGUGCGGCAGAUCUUGGAGCUCGUCUCGCCUUCGAUGGCGCUAGAGAGACUCGUCUUCUCGAGACACUCUCGCAAAACAGACGGGCCGCACGGCUUAGCGAGGGGAACUGGCGGGUAGGCGAGCAGUUCGCGGAAAUCCGACGUUCUGAUUGGUUAGAGGAGGCUGCUUUUGCUCUCCCUGCUGCUCUUCAUGCAACGGGAACGAAACUGACACCCCAAACCGGAGACUUCGUUUCGGGAGCCUCAACGAGUGCCUCCGGCUGCACCUCCUCAGGGGCAUCCCGGUGGGAGCAACCAAACCUCUCUGGAGAGCUUCAGCAACAGCUUCAGCAGCACCAGCACCAGCAGCACCAGUACCAGCACCAGCAGCAGCAGCAACAGCAGCAGCAGCAGUCAGAGACUGACCGCAUGCGUGGCUCGGGAGGUGAGCCUCUAGUGGUGAGAAGACACCAGACCCUUUCUUCAGGGUAA